AUGCAUUUUGUUUUUUUCUCUAUCUCUCUUUCAGCUCUUUCCAUUGAUUUUUUCUCUUUCUGUUCUUUCAAUUGUUUUUUCUCUUUCAGCACUUUCCAUCAUUUUUUUCUCUUUCCAAUAAUAAUUUUGCAUCUUUUUUUUUCUUUCAGCUCUUUCCAUCGUUUUUCUCUUUCUGCUCUUUCCGUCGUUUUUCUCUUUCAACUCUUUCCGUCGUUUUUCUCUUUCAACUCUUUCCAUCGUUUUUCUCUUUCAACUCUUUCCAUCAUUUUUCUCUUUCAACUCUUUCCAUCGUUUUUCUCUUUCAACUCUUUCCAUCGUUUUUCUCUUUCAACUCUUUCCAUCAUUUUUCUCUUUCAACUCUUUCCAUCGUUUUUCUCUUUCAACUCUUUCCAUCGUUUUUCUCUUUCUGCUCUUUCCAUCGUUUUUCUCUUUCAACUCUUUCCAUCGUUUUUCUCUUUCAGCACUUUCCAUCAUUUUUUUCUCUUUCCAAUAAUAAUUUUGCAUCUUUUUUUUUUUUUUCAGCUCUUUCCAUCGUUUUUCUCUUUCUGCUCUAUCCAUCGUUUUUCUCUUUCAGCUCUUUCCAUCAUUUUUCUCUUUCAACUCUUUCCAUCGUUUUUCUCUUUCAGCACUUUCCAUCAUUUUUCUCUUUCCAAUAAUAAUUUUGCAUCUUUUUUUUUUUUCAGCUCUUUCCAUCGUUUUUCUUUUUCUGCUUUUCCGGUCGUUUUUCUCUUUCAACUUAUUCCAUCCUCUUUCCAUCGCUUUUUUUCCAGCUCUUCCGCUUUUUUUCUCUUUCUGCUCUUUCCGUCGUUUUUCUCUUUCUGCUCUUUCCGUCGUUUUUCUCUUUCAACUCUUUCCAUCGUUUUUCUCUUUCAACUCUUUCCAUCAUUUUUCUCUUUCAACUCUUUCCAUCAUUUUUCUCUUUCAACUCUUUCCAUCGUUUUUCUUUCUUCUCUUUCCAUCAUUUUUUUCUCUUUCAGCUCUUUCCAUUGUUUUUUUCUCUUUCAUCUUUUUCCAUUGUUUUUCUCUUUCAUCUUUUUCCAUCGUUUUUCUCUUUCAUCUUUUUCCAUUGGUUUUUUCUCUUUCAACUCUUUCCUUCAUUUUUUUCUCUUUCUUCUCUUUCCUUCAUUUUUUCUCUUUCAGCUCUUUCCAUUGUUUUUUUUCUCUUUCAUCUUUUUCCAUUAUUUUUUUCUCUUUCAUCUUUUUCCAUUAUUUUUUUCUCUUUCAUCUUUUUCCAUUGGUUUUUUCUCUUUCAACUCUUUCCAUCAUUUUUCUCUUUCUUCUCUUUCCUUCAUUUUUUUCUCUUUCAACUCUUUCCAUCGUUUUUCUCUUUCAACUCUUUCCAUCAUUUUUUCUCUUUCAGCUCUUUCCUGCAUUUUUUCUCUUUCAGCUCUUUCCUUCAUUUUUUCUCUUUCAGCUCUUUCCUUCAUUUUUUCUCUUUCAGCUCUUUCCAUCGUUUUUCUCUUUCAGCUCUUUAUAUCGUUCUUUUUUUCUUUCUGGUCUUCCAUCAUUUUUUACUUUCUGCUCUUUCCAUCAUUUUUUCUCUUUCUCCUUUUUCUAUGUUUUCCACUCUUUUUACACCCAUUCUACCUUCUCGUUUCUUCAUUUCACCCUUUUCAUUUCUUCCAUUCCACCCUUUCUACUCUCUUUACUCUUCAUUCUGCUCUUUCCACACUUUCUGUUUUUUAUUCUACUCUUUUUCUUUUUUCUUUAUUCUACCCUCUUUCAUUUUUCCCUUUAUUCUUCUCUAUCUUCUUCCUUUAUUUUGUCCUUUUUCAUCAUCUUACCCUCUCUUUUCCUUUCAUUCCACCCUACUUUUUUCUUUAUUCCACCUUUUCUGCCUUCUCUUUUUAUUCCAUUCUGCCCUCUCUCUCUCCUUUUUAUUCCAUUCUGCCCUUUCUCUCUCUCUCCUUUUUAUUCAUUCUGCCCUCUCUCUCUCUCUCCUUUUUAUUCAUUCUGCUCUCUCUCUCCUUUUUAUUCAUUCUACCCUCUCUCUCCUUUUUAUUCAUUCUACCCUCUCUCUCCCUUUUAUUCAUUCUACCCUCUCUCUCACCCUUUUAUUCAUUCUACCCUCUCUCUCCAUUUUUUAUUCAUUCUGCCCUCUCUCUCCAUUUUAUUCAUUCUGCCCUCUCUCUCCAUUUUAUUCAUUCUGCCCUCUCUCUCCCUUUUAUUCAUUCUGCCCUCUCUCUCUCCUUUUUACUCAUUCUACCCUCUCUCUCCUUUUUACUCAUUCUACCCUCUCUCUCACUUUUAUUCAUUCUGCCCUCUAUCUCUCUCCCUUGUAUUCAUUCUGCCCUCUCUCUCUCCAACUUUUAUUCAUUCUGCCCUCUCUCUCUCUCUCCCCCUUUUAUUCAUUCUGCCCUCUCUCUCUCUCUCUCUCACCCUUUUAUUCAUUCUGCCCUCUCUCUCACCCUUUUAUUCAUUCUGCCCUCUCUCUCACCCAUUUAUUCAUUCUGCCCUCUCUCUCACCUUUUUAUUCAUUCUGCCCUCUCUCUCCCUUAUAUUCAUUCUACCCUCUCUCACCCUUUUAUUCAUUCUCCCCUCUCUCACCCUUUUACUCAUUCUACCCUCUGUCUCUCCCUUUUAUUCAUUCUGCCCUCUCUCUCUCUCUCUCUCUUUUUUAUUCAUUUUGCCCCUCUCUCCCUUUUAUUCAUUUUGCCCCCUCUCUCUCCCUUUUAUUCAUUUUGCCCCCCUCUCUCUCCUUUUUAUUCAUUCUACCCUCUUUAUUCAUUCUUUUUUCUUCAGUCUGCCUUUUUCACCCACUCUGUUUUCUUUAUCUUUCCCUUUCUGCCCUCUCUCUCCCUUAUUACUCCCUCAUUCUACUGUUUCCACCCUCUCUUUUUUUCUCUUUUUCUUUUUCCCUUCUCUUUUUUCUACAGUUCUCUUUUCCAACAGCAACAUUCUUAUAGUCUUCACAAAUAA